UUUAACAAAACGGCACCUUCUUCUUAUUAUCAAAGAAAACAUAAACUAUUACGCUAUGUUUUCUCCACCUUUUUGAUUCCACCACCAGUGCCACAAUCUCGCCGGCAAUGUCUACCAUAUCACGCCGGAACCUAACAACAACCAGUAUUCACAUUAUGGCCUUAGACGGAAUCGUCAACGUUAACUCACUCUUCACAUUAGCACUAUUCCUCGGGAUCACAUCCACCAACACGAACAACGCUUUAGUUGGAGACAAUCCUGCUUGCAUAGCCGGACCCUCAAUCGCCGAAAGCCUCAUGAAGUACCAUGUCUACUCCUUCAGCUCCUUCCUUUUCUCAAGCCUCAUCGCUUUGGCUAUAAAAAAUGUCAUCAAUAUUAGCAAAGGUGUUGAUGGAGCUGCUGCUAGAAAUUACUUGGUGCAGGGUUAUGCCGAACUUGCUGCGGAAGUUAAUACUGUUGGUUUGAGAUUGGGAACUUUAGUUUCGGCUUUUGGAUCGGUUUUUGGAUGUGGGUUUUUGGUUAUGGCUUUGGUUGAUUUGGUUCAGAUUAAGUUGGGAACUUUGGCUUGUGGGAGUCAUUAUACUUUGGCUGCUGUUGCUCCUUUGCUUUUUCUUGUUCCUACUGCGUUACUUAUCUAUGUUAUUCUUGUCCUCUAUGCUUUUACUCGUUAACGUUAUCAUUGCAAACAUGUAUAUAUAAAUUCAAAAUAGUGUUUGAUCAAUCAAAAGGAAUGAUGUUUAUAUUUU